GCAUAGAGUGAGGCCGGUCAUCAUUAAAAAGCAAUGAAGGGCUGCCUCGGAAGUGAGAAGAGGUAGGUGUAUGUCCAACAUGCAACUUCCAAACAAAAUAUGUCGGACCUGAGGGCAUGCAAAUAAAAAUGUUACUCGAUUCUCCCGUCGAGCAUCUGCCAAUCGUCAGAUUCGCCCGGAGUCUGAGCAAAUAGACGAAAGCGGAAAACAAAGCGGAGGAAUACAGAAUCAAGAAAGGCGUUUUAGAAUCAGAAGCAAAGCUUCUUGAGUGAUUAGGAACUUUUAUACAAAGAUUCAUGAAUACUUCUAUUAUUCUAAAAUGCGAGUUCCUGAAAAGAAGUUGAUUGGAUACAAGUCCAGAGAAUAUUUUUCCAAUGAGGAAAACUCUAAAACCGUUUCCAUGCCAAGGAACCCCAAUGGUAUUAAAAUUGUCCACAACAAACGGUGCUAUUUGACACCAGCGUACCGGAAGAAAAGGGCAUGCAAAAGGAAGAAUAAUGUAAAUGGCAAGUCAAUUGAAACACUGAAGAAGAAGUUCGACCGCAAUAUUGGUAAGUGUAUUAGUUCCCUCAAACUGACAGGAAGAAAAAGCUGUUUUUCCGUGGGAAAGAACUCAAAAAAUUUGGCUAAAAGUUCUGAAAAGAAUUCUGUUAGAAGGAGAAGGCUUAAAAGAAGGAAGAAGAAUAUUGUGCAGGAUGAAGUUUCUCGUAUGCAAAGAAGAGCAAGAUACCUUCUGAUUAAGAUGAAACUGGAGCAGAAUCUUAUCGAUGCUUAUUCUGCGGAUGGAUGGAAAGGACAGAGUCGUGAAAAAAUUAAGCCUGAAAAGGAGCUGCAGAGAGCACAGAGACAAAUAUUGAAAUUUAAACUUGGUAUCCGGGAUUCAAUCCAUCAGUUGGAUUUGCUUGGCUCCGAAGGAAGAAUUGAAGACUCUGUUAUGCAUCCAGAUGGAUCUGUUUUUCAUGAACAUAUCUUCUGUGCAAAAUGCAAAUCACCAGAAGCCUUUCAUGAUAACGACAUAAUUCUUUGUGAUGGGAAUUGCAACUGUGGCUUCCAUCAGAAAUGCCUAGAGCCUCCAUUAGAGAAAAUUCCUCCUGGAGAUCAAGGAUGGCUUUGCAAGGUUUGCAAUUGCAAGAUGGAAAUUCUAGAUACCAUAAAUGCACACUUUGGCACCUGCUUCACUGUGAAUAGUAGCUGGGAGGACAUAUUUAAGGAGGCAAUUGUUGGUCCUGAUGCUGAAGGAGCGUGCCCUAAUGUUGUUGAGGAUUGGCCAUCUGAUGAUUCCGGGGAUGAAGAUUAUUGCCCAGACAUCACCCAAGAAGAAUUUGAGCAGAGUUUCUCGGAUGAUGCAUGCUGUUCAAUUGACUCAAUUUUUGCUUCUGAUGCAUCAUUGAACUUCAUCAGUUGCUUGGAUUCUGGUGAAUCAGUUGAUGACAUCACAAACUACCGCAGGCAGCGAAGAGAUGUUGACUACAAGAAACUUUAUGAUGAAAUGUUUGGGAAGGAGCCAAAUGAAGGAGUUGAACAAAGUGAAGAUGAAGACUGGGGCCCUUAUAGGAAGAAAAAAGUAAGGAUUGGAUCUGAUAUUGGCAUUACCUCUGCAGAUGGUGAGAAGGACAAUCAUGUGACAAUGGCAUUGGGAGAUAUGUUUUCAUGUAAUAAGAGAUCCUUUUUUAGGAUCCCUCCUGAUGCUAUUGAGAAACUUCGACAAAUUUUCCAUGAAAAUGAACUUCCUUCUAGGCCUGUCAAGGAGAACCUUUCAAAGCAAUUGGGAAUAUCAGUUGAGAAGAUUGACAAGUGGUUUAAGAAUACAAGAUAUGCUGCCAUUAAGAUGAAAAAGGAAGAAACUACAAAGCAUCCUGACCAUAGAUCUGAUUUAUCAAUGGUAAAUGAAGGGCAAAGAGGCAUAUCUGAACCAGCUCUAUCAUUGGACAGCUCUUGCUUGCUUCCCCUGGCAUCGAUCUUCCACUUACCUCGACAUAAGAAGAGGAUCCCUAGGAGAGAUAAUUUGACAUAUGCAGCAUUUCCUAUGAAGCGACAGAAGGUGCGGUCAAAAUUGAGAAAUGCUGCGAGGCUGACUAAGCAUACAGUAAGUAGAGAUGGAGAUCUUGCCUCAUUGAAGAUUGCUGCUAUUGUGCCUGAAGAAGAGCAAGUCUAUUUGAACGAGAUGCAGAUGAUUUGGGUCCUUGAAAGGAGGCUUCAUCAACUGAAGCAGCAAUUGGUGGCUUGCAAAGCUGAUAAUGAGGUGCAGGUGAAAAAUCUUUCUGGAGAAAUGGCUGUAAUCUAUGUUCCAGUUGCAGAGAUAAAACAGAAAUCAUGUUGCGAAAUCAUCAGGUCAUGACUUUGAAUAUUUUUUCUGAACACAAUAUAGAAGGAUCCGGCCCUACCAAUGAGCUUCUUCAUAAUAUGCUUGGUGCUUCUAUAGAGAGGAAAAUAACUAGGGCCAUUUACAUACAUAGCACUCAGUUCUUAUGGAUUUACGCAAAUCACACCAAAACUUCCAUUUUUACAUUCA